AUGCAGCUUCUCAACAAGGACCGUCCUCUUACAGAGGACACAGGGAGGGCUAUAAAUUCGUUGAAUGGUAGAGCGGUGACCCUCGAGCAUAUUCCGGAUGAUCUCGCGAUGCUUAGCAACGGCAGAAGGUUUCUUCAGGAGCAAGGUCCGGAAGUGCAUGUGUACUACUCCGAAGAGACCAUCGAAAUGGCGUGCUGCACUGGGCUAUACGCCAUAGUGGCUGAUGGUGUUCACACCAAGCAGCCCAAGGAACUGCAGUUGUAUUGCGUCCAUGGCGUAUGCGACGGGGGCGUGGAGGUCCCACUUCUUUAUGCGAUGGCGGCCCACAAGACUGAGGACGUCUACACGAAGAUCUUUGGACACUUGAAGGACCUGUUCGAAAAGUACCGUCCAAGACCAGUGCAGCGUCUACGAAUAGUCCUUGAUUUUGAGAAAGCGUCGAUCGCGGCAGCGCGGCGCCUAUUCCCUGAAGCGAAGAACUCGUCCAAGUUGAACAAGUUCAUCCAAGGGCACGUCCAAGGUUGUGUCCCACCACUCGGUCACCGCCAGAAUUCCGGUGGUGACCGAGUGGUGGGACACAAUAAAAGGAGUGGUUUUCCUCCCCAGGCGACUCUACCCAGAGGUUCGAGCGCUGUGGAACCCUCCAGUAGCGGCGGACCACGUCGCUUACGCGGAAUGCAAGGAAUUCCUGGAAUACAUGCGACGUGGUUCGACGGCCCUUAUAAAGAUAUGUGGAACAAGUGGGAAAUAGUAGAUAUUCGGACUACAAACAUUGCCGAAGCGUUUCACAAUCGCCUGAACAUCACAUUCGGAAGAGACCACCCGGAUCUGCGCACGCUGCUAGAGAAGCUUAAGUAUAUAGAUUUCGAAGCCAAGUGUACCCUGCGGUGGAUGAGAGAGCAUCCAAGAAGAAAAGCAUCUCAAGAAGCGGACCGCGAGCGCAGGGAAAAUAUUGAGAGGAGCAUGAAAAGGUUUGGGGACAUUUAUCGCUCGCGAGGAGUGACUACAGCCGAAAUUGAAGAUUAUUGUAAAUAUAUGGCACGAUAUGUAUCUGGUAAAACUAUAUAA